GUGGUGGUGGCUGAGAGGCAGGAUGGCAGCAUCCUUGGUACCUGAAUAUCCCAGCUCUGCACUUGGGUUUCAGGGGAUUCUCAACCUUCAGGAAGAGCAGACAUGUUGGCAAGCAGGGAAGGGAACGGAACUGUGGUGCAUUUCGUAGGAAGUACCAGAAAUAGCCAGGGGGAUCUUUUGACCCUGGCCCCACUGUGUGUGUCCCUCUCUGAAUGUCUCCUUUCUCGCUUGCCUUUUUCUCUCUCUCUCCUUGCUCCUGUCUGCAGCCAUCCCUGGGGGAGAGCAUCACCAAGCAGGUAGAAGUUCUGGAUGCCACAAAAUCCCCCAGGAGUGGGCAGUCACGCUGCAAAACAUCCAGGAGCAUGAGCCUGACUGCAGCCAUGGAGAGCAGCUGUGAGCUGGACCUGGUGUACAUCACGGAGCGGAUCAUUGCUGUCUCCUACCCUAGCGCGGCCGAGGAGCAGAGUUACUCCAGCAACCUCCGUGAAGUGGCCCACAUGCUCAAGUCCAAGCAUGGGAACAACUAUGUGCUUUUCAACCUCUCUGAGCGGAGACGUGAUGUCAACAAACUUCACCCCAAGGUGCUGGAUUUUGGGUGGCCCGACAUGCACACCCCUGCUCUGGAGAAGAUCUGCAGCAUUUGCAAAGCCAUGGACACGUGGCUUAAUGCAGCGGCGCACAAUGUGGUGGUGCUGCAUAACAAGGGGAACCGUGGCCGGCUGGGGGUGGUGGUGGCUGCCUACAUGCACUACAGCAACAUCUCAGCCAGUGCUGACCAGGCUCUGGACAGGUUUGCCAUGAAGCGCUUCUAUGAGGACAAGGUGGUGCCGGUGGGACAGCCAUCCCAGAAGAGGUACAUCCAUUACUUCAAUGGGCUCCUCUCUGGCAGCAUCAAGAUGAACAACAAGCCCCUCUUCCUCCACCAUGUCAUCAUGCACGGCAUCCCCAACUUUGAGUCAAAAGGCGGUUGUCGGCCCUUCUUGAAAAUCUACCAGGCCAUGCAGCCCGUCUACACCUCGGGGAUCUACAAUGUGCAAGGAGAUAGCCAGACGGGCAUCUGCAUCACCAUUGAGCCUGGCUUGCUGCUCAAGGGCGAUAUCUUGCUGAAGUGCUACCACAAGAAGUUUCGCAGCCCUACCCGUGACGUGAUUUUCCGUGUGCAGUUCCACACAUGUGCUGUGCAUGAUCUUGACGUUGUCUUUGGCAAGGAGGACCUGGAUGAGGCCUUCAGAGAUGACCGCUUCCCUGAGUACGGGAAGGUGGAGUUUGUGUUCUCCUAUGGCCCUGAGAAGAUCCAAGGCAUGGAGCACCUGGAGAACGGGCCCAGUGUUUCUGUGGACUACAACACAUCUGACCCACUCAUCCGGUGGGACUCCUAUGAGAACUUCAACAUCCAGCGUGAGGACAGUGCAGAGGGGGCCUGGGCUGAGCCACCCCUGCCCAGCAAGCACCUGGAGAAAGAGGUUGGGCACACACAAGGGCCCCUGGAUGGGAGCCUCUACGCUAAAGUGAAGAAGAAAGACUCUCUCCACGGCAGCACCGGUGCCGUCAACGCUGUCCGACUCCCGCUCUCGGCAGCACCCAACCACGUCGAGCACACACUCUCAGUGAGCAGCGACUCGGGCAACUCCACCGCCUCCACCAAGACCGACCGGACCGAUGAGCCGGGGGUGACCGCGGCACCCAGUGGCCAGGCGGUGCUGAGCCCCGAGGAGAAGCAGGAGCUGGAUCGUCUCCUUGUUGGCUUUGGCUUGGAGAGUGUGCCGCCCAUGCACAACCUCGUGCCCGGCCCUGUGCCGGCACGCCUGCCCGCCAUGCCGGGCCGCCAAGUGGUGCCGGCUCAGGUGCACGUCAAUGGGAAUGUCGCGGCACUGGUGGCCGAGCGGGAGACAGAUAUCUUGGAUGAUGAGCUGCCCAACCAAGACGGGCACAGUGUGGGCAGCUUGGGCACGCUCUCCUCCUUGGAUGGCACCACCACUGCCAGUGAGACCGGCUACCAGGAGGCACCCCGUGUGGGCAGCCUGUCCUCCCUGCCCAAUGGCCCCUCGAGCUGCAAUGGGGCUGAGAAGCUGCUGAAGGAGGGGCUGUACGAUGGCGAGCCGCUCUCCAAUGGUGGCUACCCCUACAACAACCAGAACACCCUGAUGGGCCACCACCUCCGUGACACACUACCUUCCUUGCGGCCCUCGGCAUCCACUCAGGAGCACCUGGCUGGCUACCCACAGCGCCUGCCGGGCUCCCAUGCCCCAGGGUGGCUCCAGCCUCAUCCACUGCCCAGCUCCCAGCCCUACCUGUAUGCCUAUGACCACCCCGGAACGUUCCGCUCCCGGUCCUUCCCGGCAGUGGACACUGCCAAGUACGACGUGAACCCUGCGCUGCCCCAGGCCCCGGCUCGCAGUACCAGCAGCCGGGAGGCUGUACAGAGGGGCUUGAAUUCCUGGCAACAGCAAGGAGGAAGCCGGCCACCAUCCCGGCUGCAGGAGGGUGGCAUGGAGAGCCACAGCCCCAGCAUCUCUAGCUGCAGCCCCCAGCCCAGCCCGCUGCAGACGGUGCCCCCGCACAGCCACAGCAUGCCUGAAUUCCCCCGGGCGCCCUCUCGCCGGGAGAUUGAGCAGUCCAUCGAAGCACUAGAUGUCCUCAUGCUGGACCUCGCACCUGCCAUCCACAAGUCCCAGAGUGUGCCUGCCACCUCCCGUCAGGACAAGCCAGCCGGACCCCUGCCCUCCUCCCUUUCAACCCAGCCCAUUGCUGGUCUCUACGCCCGGCCAACUCCACAGGUGGCCCAGCCGAGGUCCUUUGGCACGUCCGUGAGCCCUGUGGUCUCUGAGGCGGGGGGCAAAGCCUAUUCUCCUGGAGAGCUGGACUAUGGGGUACAUGAUUAUCGGGAAACCUAUUCACCCUACAGCUACCAGCUGGCACCGCUGCCAGAGCCCAGGAGCUACAGCCAUGCCCCAGCCGGAGCACAGAUGGGCACUGUCCCACUCGGCACCUCGUGUUACAGCCCUGUGGGGUCUCAGCAGCAACUCACCUCCUCCCCACCUUCCCCCACCGUCCCAGCACAAAACCAGAUGCCCCUGAAGGGACCAGAGAGCUAUGAAGACCUGUCGAGGUCGGGAGAAGAGCCCUUGAAUCUGGAGGGCCUGGUGGCCCAUAGGGUGGCAGGGGUGCAGUCUCGGGAGAAGCCUCUGGAGGAGAGUGCUGUCCCUGCCCGCAAGCGGACCCCCAGCGACAGCCACUAUGAGAAGAGCUCACCAGAGCCCAGCUCACCCCGCAGCCCCACCGUCCUCUCACCUGAGGUGGUCAGCACCAUCGCAGCCAACCCUGGAGGGAGGCCCAAAGAGCCUCACCUCCACAGCUACAAGGAAGCCUUCGAGGAGAUGGAGGGUGCCUCCCCAACCAGCCCACCCUCCAGCGGCGGUGAGAUUUCUCCCCCCACCCCAGCCUUCCCUGUGUCACCACAAACCCCUUACUCCAACACCUUGCGUUCUCCCCCUGGCCUGGCCAAGACUCCACUCUCAGCACUGGGGCUGAAACCCCACAACCCGGCUGAGAUCCUGCUGCAUCCAGUGGGAGAGCCCAGGAGCUAUGUUGAGUCAGUGGCCCGCACGGCCACAACGGGCAGGGGAGGGGCCCAGCCUGCUUCCCAGCCUGUUGCCCAGCCCGCUGCUCAGCCCACAGGCCCAGAGGUGUCCACCAGGAAUGGCACUUUCUCCAACUCCUUCAUCGCCCCCAGCCCUGUCUCCACCAGCAGCCCUAUUCACAGCAUGGAUGGGGCAUCCCUCCGCAGCUACCCGUCAGAAGGCAGCCCCCACGGCACGGUUACACCUCCCCAUGCCUCAGCUGAGCCCUUGUACCGGUCACCUGUUGGCUCGCAGAUGCCCUCUGCUCACAGCAGCUACCAAAACUCGUCUCCAUCUUCCUUUGCAAUGGUCCAAGGAGGGGUUCCGGGCUCAGCAUACAGCAGCCCCGACUACCCUGAUGGCCGAGCUGGCCUCCAGCCAGAGCCCCAAAUACGGCCACAGCCACAGGUCAAUGUGGCGGGGGUGCACACCCUGCCAGGGAGCCCCCGCAGCCUGCACCGGACAGUGGCUACCAAUACACCGCCCAGCCCCGGCUUCGGGCGAAGAGCCAUCAACCCCAGCAUGAGUGGUGCUCCCAGCAGCCCCGGGCUGGGCAGGCAUGCUGUGGUGGCCCAUGGCAACCUGGUGGCUCCACCAGGGAGCCCCAGCCUGUCCAGGCACCAAGCAGUGGCAGCCACAUCCCCUGGCAGCCCCAUGUAUGGCUACUCCAGCCCAGAGGAAAGGCACCUGACACUGUCUCGGCAGAGCAGCUCCUCUGGCUACCAGCCCCCCUCCACGCCGUCCUUCCCUGUCUCCCCAGCGUACUACCCUGGCACGAGCACGCCACACUCCUCCUCCCCAGACUCGGCUGCCUACCGCCAGGGCAGCCCCACGUCGCAGCCUGCUCUGCCUGAGAAGCGGCGGAUGUCAGCUGGGGACCGCUCCAACAGCCUCCCCAGCUACGCCACUGUCAACGGCAAGGUGUCCUCACCCCUCUCAAGCGGCAUGUCCAGCCCCAGCGGUGGGAGCGCCGUCGCCUUCUCCCACACUUUGCCGGACUUCUCCAAGUUCUCCAUGCCAGACAUCAGUCCUGAGACUCGUGCCAAUGUCAAGUUUGUGCAGGAUACUUCCAAGUAUUGGUACAAACCAGACAUCUCCAGGGAGCAGGCCAUUGCCCUGCUGAAGGACAGAGAGCCAGGGGCUUUCAUCAUCCGAGACAGCCACUCCUUCCGGGGAGCCUAUGGCCUCGCCAUGAAAGUUGCUUCUCCGCCUCCCACAGUCAUGCAGCAGAACAAGAAAGGAGACUUGACCAAUGAGCUGGUGAGGCACUUCCUCAUCGAGACUAGCUCACGAGGUGUGAAACUAAAAGGAUGUCCCAAUGAGCCUAAUUUUGGCUGUCUCUCAGCACUGGUGUACCAGCACUCCAUCACACCCUUGGCCCUACCCUGCAAGCUGGUCAUUCCUGACCGAGAUCCCAUGGAGGAAAAGAAAGACUCUUCAUCAGCCACCAACUCAGCCACGGACCUCCUCAAACAGGGUGCAGCCUGCAAUGUCCUCUUCAUCAAUUCCGUGGAGAUGGAGUCUCUGACGGGCCCCCAGGCCAUCUCGAAGGCUGUUGCUGAGACGCUGGUGGCUGACCCCACGCCCACGGCUACCAUUGUUCACUUCAAAGUCUCCGCGCAAGGCAUCACCUUAACGGACAACCAGAGGAAAUUGUUCUUCCGAAGACACUACCCCCUCAAUACCGUCACCUUCUGUGACUUGGACCCCCAGGAACGAAAGUGGACUAAAACUGAUGGCAGUGGCCCAGCCAAGCUCUUCGGCUUUGUGGCCAGGAAGCAAGGGAGCACCACAGACAACAUCUGCCACCUCUUUGCUGAGCUGGACCCAGACCAGCCAGCUGCAGCCAUCGUCAACUUUGUCUCCAGGGUCAUGCUUGGCUCCGGCCAGAAGAGAUGAGCUGGCACUUGCGGGUGAUUCUUGAAUUUUGGAGAAGGACUUGGAGCUGAUCCGAGAAGGAGUGUGAGGAAGUGCAUUGU